GCUGAAUGCCGGCCGCCGCCGCGCCGCGAAGCAGUUUAUUCAGUGAUUUCGAAGGGGAUAGUUGUCAGGUGCACAACGGUUGUUCCGAGUUUUCUUUUUUUCAACUUGUUAUUUCGUAUUUUGUAUUUCACUCAUUUUUGCAAUUGGCCGUAUCGAACCUGAAAGGGAUCGGGUGCCAUUAAACACUAAGAAGAAGCAGAAGUUUAUUCAGCAACAUGGCAGCGGUUAUAAGUGGAGUGUUCCGUGAGGAACUGCGAGACACGAUUUUAAGCAGUAAAGUGCUUGUCGUGGGCGCCGGCGGCAUCGGUUGCGAGAUCUUGAAAAACCUUGUUAUGUCAGGAUUCACAAACAUCGAGAUUAUCGAUUUGGAUACGAUUGAUGUGAGCAACUUAAAUAGACAAUUCCUAUUCCAAAAGAAGCAUGUAGGAAAAUCGAAAGCUAGUGUAGCAUGCGAAACAGCAUUAACAUUCAAUCCAGAUGCCAAAGUGAUACAUUAUCAUGACAGUAUUACAUCACCAGACUUUGGCUUGACCUUCUUCAAGAGGUUUACAGUGGUUUUAAAUGCCCUGGACAAUAGGGCAGCCAGGAAUCAUGUGAAUCGCAUGUGCUUAGCAGCCGAUGUACCAUUAAUUGAAUCUGGUACUGCAGGUUACGAGGGUCAAGUUGAACUCAUUAAGAAAGGUCUGAGCCAGUGCUACGAGUGUACACCGAAGGCUGCACAAAAGACCUUUCCCGGCUGUACUAUUCGCAACACACCAAGUGAGCCUAUCCACUGUAUAGUGUGGGCCAAGCACCUCUUCAAUCAACUGUUUGGAGAGGAAGAUCCCGAUCAAGAUGUUUCUCCAGACACAGCAGAUCCUGAAGCAGCUGACACAGCAGGGGAUGGAGCUUUGCAGGCCGAGUCCAACGACAAAGGCAAUAUUGACAGAGUUUCUACGCGAGUUUGGGCCCAGUCUUGCAACUACGAUUCAGAAAAGUUAUUCGUGAAGCUAUUCCAUGAUGAUAUCAAGUAUCUGUUAAGUAUGGACAACCUGUGGAAGAAGCGCAGACCUCCAGUGCCAUUGGACUGGAGGGAGUUACCAGAUGGAGUGGCGGGAUGCAGUAAAGAGAUCAGUCAGCCAGGAUUAAAGGAUCAACAACGCUGGAGCAUUUCCAAGUGCGGCAACAUUUUUGCAGAUUCAGUGAAGAGUCUGAGCCAGGUGUUGAAAGCUUCCCAGGAGAAGUCGCCGAGUAAUCAUCUGGUUUGGGACAAGGACGAUCAACACGCCAUGGAUUUCGUUGCCGCGUGCGCCAACAUUCGCGCACACAUCUUUGGGAUUCCUCAAAAGACCCGAUUCGACAUUAAGUCAAUGGCUGGUAAUAUAAUCCCGGCGAUCGCCACUACCAACGCUAUAAUCGCGGGCAUGGUCGUUCUCCAUGCUUUCCGAGUCCUCGAGAACAAUUUGCAAGCCUGCAAAUCUGUUUACUUGCGUCUAAAAAUGAAUCAUCGUAAUCAGCUGUUAGUGCCGGAGAAGGCGGUGAAUCCGCCCAAUCCAAAGUGUUACGUCUGCGCGCCGACUCCGCAAGCGGUGCUGGCGGUUGACACCUCUAGCAUGACCAUCAAAGAGCUGGAGGAAUUGGUCCUGAAAAACAGACUGAACAUGAUCGCUCCUGAUGUAAUGAUCGACGGUACUGGCGCUGUCGUCAUCAGCAGUGAAGAGGGCGAGACGGAGGAAAACAACGAUAAGAGAUUGGAGGAACUUGGAAUCAAGGAUGGGACGAUACUGAAAGUCGACGACUUCCAACAGAAUUAUUCGCUGACUGUCUUCGUGGUUUACCGAGAAAAACCAGGUCCAAAGGAUGACAGUCCGCAAUUCCUGAUAUUGGCAGACAAGGAUGCUCUGCAGCCAAAGGAGGAGGAGGAUGAAGAGAUGAUAGAGAAACCAUCGACAUCGAAUGGCCGGGAUGUAAGCGAAGCAUCGGAUAAAAAGCGUAAGCACGAACCGGUGGAAGAUGAGGUCGCUGUCAAGAGACGCAAGGUGGAAGAAGUGGACGAUGGCGAUGAUAUUUGUAUCAUCGACAACGAGGAGAUGCCCCAUAGUAACUCAUCCGAAUUGAAAAAAUUAACGCCGAGAAAACGGAAGCCUUCCGAAGACACCGAUUGCUUGAUAGUUUGCGACGAUAAGUAAGCGAUUAACUGCGAGAGCGAGAUACGAUCUUAGAUUCGCGACGAAAAACGAAAGAACUCGAACGCAAGCUAGGUUGAAGCUAAGUUGAAGAUAAGAAAUAAAAAACAUAAUUUUAAAAAGGAUCUGGAGUAAAGUAAGCAGAAAGAAAAACAAUCUUUGGAAUAUUUGAUCUUAAGAUUGUUAGAUAUAAGGAUUAAAGAACGUGAAAAUUCCUCAAAGUGUAGGUUUAAACUGAAGGAUGUCUUCAAAAAAUAUUAUUAAAUUUUUUAAACACACAAUUCUCUCUAUCAGAAACUCUUAAUGUGAAGAGAAAGCGUCCGGGAUCAUAUAAUACAUCAUGAUAUAUUAAGAUUUAAUUACAAGAAAAUAAAGCUUUCUUGGUUGUAUUA